AUGGAGCGGCAGCACAAGAAACCAGCGGCCAACACCGCCGCUUCCUCCCCUGCCAGCUCAGGUUCUUCAUCCUCCUCUCGCUCGAUUCACGGUUCCAUGUCGUCUGCAUUCCUCGGCGUGUCGUCAUCGACGCACUCCCAGUCCCAGCGCCGCUCGUCGCCAUCGCUUUCUCCGCCGCCGGCACUGGCACCGUUGCCCGGCCUCCUCGCUUCUCGCGGCUCUGCUGCCACUGGCGGCUCCGCGUCAGGUUCGUCGUCAUUCCAGUUCCAUCAGAUCUCGCCUUCGCCAGAGACGGCGGCGAAACGCCGCCCACGCCCAGGCAGCCGCGUCACGCACUCCCUUCCCUCGCCCUUCCUCUCGGAGCUUAGCGCAAUCCGUAGGAUGGGCACCAACCUCUUCUGUGAUCUGAACGCGCAAGAAAUGACCCAGCGCCCGUUGCUCCACGGCCAGCAGGAGCAAGAAAUGACGCGGUCGUCGUCGUCGUCGUUGACGAUGCCCCACUCCCAUCAUCAUAUGCCCAUUCCCAUCGGGCACUUUUCCGGCUUUCCGUCCGCGUCGCAACAGCAGCAGGCUCUCACCAUGCGAGGCCUCCCUGGAUUCGCGCCACCGCCAUUGCAGCAACAGCAGGCGCAGCCGUUGUUUUCUAGUCUGCUUCCUCUGCCUGGUGGCAACUUCUCCGGGUUCCCUUUGCCAGCAUCGCAGCCACAGCAGAUGCAGCCAUCCUCCUCCUCCACCACCGAUCUGCCCAGCAGGACCUUCUCUAGGAUCGAGCCGCCAGCGGCAUCGCAGCAUUUCUCCACUUAUCUGGCGCCUCUUCCUAGCGGGGGCACCAUUUUCCAGUCCUCUUCAUGCUCGGCUGACCACGCGCAGACAUCAUCGGACACAGAGCUGCCUUCAUUGCCGCCGAGCCUAGAAAUACGACACUAUGAUCUGCCGCCGCCGCCGCCGUUUGGGCAGCUAUCACAGAAUAACGGUUCAUCCACUGAGUCUAGUACUGGUUUCGUGCAGCCUUCAUCGAGUUCAGAGAUGUAUGAGUUGCCCCCAUUGCCCGAGAGCCUGCAGAUGCCACCACUACUGUUACAUCAGGUAAAGCAAGAGCCCGUUGUCGUUGCUCCUUGCCUUGAGCCCGAGAUUAUUUCACUCGACGAUGGCGACGAGCUCAGUGCUCUUGUGCACUCAUUUGCAUCGUCUCAUGGUCAUGGAUCAGCGAGCCUUCCCAAUCACAUGCACGAGCAGCCCACCAACUUAGAACUAGAAGGCAUGCACAGGCUACAGUUGGGCGGUAGAGGCAGUGAGCAGAGCAUGACGGGCGCCGCCGAGGGAGUUGGUGUUGGGCAAACCUGGGAGGCCAUGCCGACGCCGGCAAGCGUGCAUGACAAGGUGAACAACGGCGGCAGUAGCAGUAGCAGUAUUCCCUGGAAGUGUCACGGUUCCAUGCCCAUGUAUUCCCGGUCGGAGGAGCAAGCACUACAACAGCUGAGCGACCUGCUAUCUCUGUGGUCAUCUACUGCGAGCAGCAGCUGCGACCAGAGCAUGGGGAGCAGCGUCGCAGGCAGUUGCCAAGGCUCGGCAGCCAUGCCGGCGUUGGCCAACAAGUUUGACAUGAUGAGCAUUGACAGCAGCAGCUGUAGUGCCAGGCCACAAAUGCCAUUGAACUACAGCUCCUUGUCUGUGGAAAACUCCACCCCUGUCCCCGCCGUGCCAAAGCUGACAGUUGGAAGCAUGGACAGACCUGAGUUGCCACUACGCCCGCCAGCUCUUGGAGCUGGCGCUAGCAGCAGCAUGUCACGAAGGGGUGGCACCAAGGAGCACUUCUUCUCUGAGGCCGACAUGGAGAAGAUCAAUAAAGACAACCGACUCAAGGAGCUCAUGAAAACAGAACCAAAGAGGGUCAGGAGGAUUCUCCGUAACCGGGAAUAUGUGGCACGAUUGAAGGUGCAAAAGGCAAACCACAUGCAAGAUCUUCAGCGCCGGGCUGAUGCACUAAAGAUGGAGUGCACGUCAUUAUCUGCACAAGUGCAGUCGCACCAGGAGAUGGUUGAUAGCCUCAAGACUGGGAACCGUGAGUUGCAAAUAAAGUUAAAGGGGCUGAAUGAGCAAGCCAAUUUGAGCCAAGAACAUAAUGGCUACAACGAUUCAAUAUGUUCUCUAUUUCAAGUUUUUUUUGCAAAGAUUCCACCAGCGUGUCUCAAUAUGUCAAAAGAUAUUCUGACCUUCAUGUGA